GAAGAAGUAACGUCAAGUGUGCUAACUGUCGUGAAAGCAAUUCAGCGGAGAAAGAAGCGCGCAGGACGCCAAUAAAUGUCGAAGAAGAACAUCUUUCUCAUGAGCAAGAGGAGGAACCACAAUCCCCCUACAUGAAUGAGGAAGAAGAGGUUCCACAUUCCCAACACAUCAAAGAGGGAGGAGAGGAGCCACAGCCCCCCCACAUUAAAGAGGAAGACGAGACGCCGCAGACCCAUAGUGUUAAACUGACCCUUCACAUUAAAGGGCAAGCGGAAGACCCACUGAACUUACACAUCAAAAAUGAAGAGCAUGACCCACUGACCCCGCAAAUUAAAAAGGAAGAGGAGGACCCACUAAACCCCUACUUUAAAGAGGAAGAGGAGGACAAAGAGCUGCCGCACUUUACAGAGGAAGAGGAGGAACACCGCAUCAGUCAGCCUAAAUGGUUGGAGGAGUUCCCAGUGACUGGCGUCCCUGUGAAGAGUGAAGGUGAUGAGGUCAAAGGUGAAAGUGAGGAGAGGGGAGGGGCGGAGCCUCCAAGCAGCAGCUCAACACAACACAUGACAACAGAAGCUGAUGGAGACCACUGUGGAGGAUCACAAGCAGACAAGCUCUUAGCUCCACUAUCAGAUAGUGAGGACACAACGUCACACUCUCCUGACACUGAUGAUGAAGACUCUAAAGAUGAUAAGACAUGUCACACUGACAACACUGACUUCACAUGUUCUCACUGUGACAAAACCUUUAAAUACCGUCGUAGUCUGAAAAGACACAUGAGAAUUCACACUGGAGAAAACCUUUUUACCUGUUCAAUCUGUGGUAAAGGUUCUGUUGAAAGUCGCUGUUUUAAAGCACACAUGAGAACACACACUGGUGAAAAACCUUUUAUCUGUUCAAUCUGUGGUAAAGGUUUUGCACAAAGUCAACAUUUGAAAAGACACAUGAGAACACACACUGGAGAAAAACCUUUCUCCUGUUCAACCUGUGGUAAAGGUUUUACAGAAAGUCAGAAUUUGAGAAGACACAUGAGAACACACACUGGUGAAAAAUCACAUUCCUGUUCAAUCUGCAACAAAAGUUUUGCUGAACGAUCAAGCCUUGUAAGACACGUGAGAAGACACCCAGGAGAGAAAGUGUUGAGUUGCAGUGUGUGUGGUGAAAGAUUCUCUUCUAAGUACCAGUGUAAGAAACACAAGUGUGCUGGUGAGAACAGCAGCAGCAAAUGAAACUGCAGGAUUUGAAAUAAACGGUCAAGACUUUCAUUUUGACUUUCUAACAACAUCAGCACAUAUAACAUGUGUGACAUUGUUGUUUGUGUAACAAUCUUUUUAAUAUGCUUCUACAUUUAUUGAUUAGGUAGUUUGAAAUAUAAAAGUAUUUAUAAAUUGUUAAUAAUCCCAUGGAUUAGCACCUUUAUAUGAUAUACAUAUUUACUGGUUCACAUCUGAAACAUCUUCUGGACCACUUCAGGAAGCAUAUUAUUAUUUACUUUAUACAUCAUUUGAACAGUUGUCUUUUAUACAAUUUUAAAUUGUGUGAUUUUAUGAAUCAUUUGUUGGGUCUCUGUAAUCCAUUUUAUUAAUUAUCUUUAUUACUCUCUUUUGUAUUAUGUUGAUUGUUUUGUGAUUGUUUUAUACUUUAACUUGAUAUGUAUGUACUUAUACCUUUAUGCAAUAAAAAGUGAGGGACAAUGUCUGAA